UUUUAAUUAGAAUCGUAUGAGUUGCUCUCUAUAUGGAUGUCCCUGAGGUUUUCCGGUUUCCUUUCGAACCAUACCCUAUUCAAUUGGAUUUCAUGAAAAAUGUGUACCAGUGUAUUGAACAAGGAAAACUGGGUAUAUUUGAAAGUCCCACAGGAACAGGAAAAUCAUUGAGCCUGAUUUGUGGAACCCUAACAUGGUUAACCGACCACGAUCAACAUAAAAAAUUCCAGUUAGAAAAACAAUUGGAUAUCCUUAAAAAGGCUGCUGAACUUGAAGAAACAUCAAAUCCAACAACUAAUGAAUUAGGUGAACCUAGAUGGUUCACUUUAGCUACAAAAAAUGUUAGAAAUUCUCAUGAGCAACAGCAAAUCAUGGCCGAACUGAAUAAAAUCCUACAGAAAGAGGAAAGAAUUCAAAAACUGAAACAGAGAGUUCAAAACAUUUUCAGCAAUGCCUUAAACCAUUCUGAAUUAAAAUUCAAUGUCUUUGCUGCAAAUGCUAAAAAGCAUCUAACUUCAGAAUUAGUUACUCUGGAGGAUGAUGAUGUCUUGAUUACAGAUGACAGCGAUGAAGAGCUGCCAGUAGAAGAACCAUAUGAAGAAACGUUGGAUGAUACAAAAAUUAUUUUUGCAAGUCGGACACAUUCUCAGAUUUCUCAGUUUGUUCAAGAAGUGAAGAAAAGUCCCUUUGGAGAUAGCAUAAGACUAAUUCCACUGGCUUCUCGUCAACAACUAUGUAUCAAUGAAGAGAUAACUAGCUUAAAAAACAGUACCUUAAUGAAUGAAAGAUGUUUGGAAAUGCAGAAAAAUAGAACGAGUUCAACGUCGGUAACCGAUGACGGGCGACCACUAAAAAAGGCAAAAAAAUCUUCGUGUCAUUUUCGUGAUCAGAAGCGAAUUCAACUCCUUAGUGACGUAUCUGUAACCGAAAUAGCUGAUAUUGAAAGCUUAAUACUUUCAGGAAAAAAACAGAAUGCGUGUCCGUAUUAUGCAGCCCGAAGCGCUAUCAAUGACGCCCAGUUGAUUGUUGUGCCGUAUGCGACAUUAUUAAAGAAAAACACGAGAGAAUCAUGUGGUUUGAAGCUUCGUAAUAGCGUUAUAAUUAUCGAUGAAGCUCACAACCUACUUGACACUAUUAGUUCUCUUCAUACAAUCUGUAUUUGGGGUCACCAGAUAAGUCAAGUUCAUUUGCAGUUGUUGCAAUACCAUCACAGAUAUAACGCUCGUCUUUCAGCGAAAAAUGUGCUACCCAUCAAACAACUACUUUUUUUCCUAUCUUGUCUCAUGAAGUUCCUCGGUCUACACGGAAAGCAUGAGCCCAAUCAUCAAGUUGCUCUUGACGAUAAAUCUGAAGGGGAUGAAAAAAUUUAUGAAUGCUCAAAAUUCUGCGUUGAAGCCGGUUUUGAUCAUAUAAACAUACACACACUUGUUGAAUUUUGCGAAAAAACCAAACUUCACCAUAAGCUACUUAACUUCAAGCCGGUGACAACUGAAGUAACUCAAAUUAGUGCUUUCAAAAGAUUUGUAGGAAAACUACAGCCAGAGCGCGUACAAGAGGAUAAUGCGCUUAUAGGGGAUCCUGAUAGGAAAGGCGCAGGUUCGAGUCUUAUGCCAAUCAUAGAAUUUAUGCGAUGUCUUCGCAAUGCUGAUCAAGACGGAAGAGUUCUAUGCGUUAAAAAGGCGCAUCCAUCAGGCGGUUACCUUAAGUACAUUUUACUUAAUCCGGGAUCACUGUUUAAAGAUUUUGUUAACGAACCCAGAGCUGUUAUUGUCGCAGGCGGAACUAUGCAACCCAUCAACGAAUUUCGAUUUCAGCUCUUCGGUGCUGCCGGAUCCCCACAAAGCAGAAUUGCAACCUUCUCUUGCGAUCAUAUAAUUCCCCCCGAUCAUGUCUUACCAUUGGUAUUGACAAGAGGGCCAUCUAACAAAGAGUUGGAUUUUUCUUGGGCUAAUCGAAGUAAUUUACUGGAUGAAUUAGCAAACUUCCUCUCUAAUAUAAAUCAGGUAGUUUCAGGGGGUGUCGUCUGUUUUCUUCCUUCGUAUGAUUUUGAAAAUCAAGUAUUUGAACAUUGGAUGAGAAACAAUUAUGUUUCGAAACUUGAAAAUCGAAAAAAGUUAUUCCGGGAGCCAAAAGAAGCAAAGGAGGUUGAACAUGUAUUGGCGGAAUACGCUCGAUCCAUUAGACAAUUCCCUAAUUCAUCUAGCAAAUGCGGGAAGAAUGGAGCUAUGCUGCUCUGUGUUGUGGGUGGAAAGCUAAGUGAGGGAAUCAACUUCAGCGACGAUCUGGCUAGGUGCGUUGUUGUAGUCGGCCUUCCUUAUGCAAACAGCCAAGCGGUAACAUUGAAAGAAAAAAUGGAUUAUUUAAAUAACAACACGGCGAACUUUUUACCAGCUGGAGAAGUAAGGUCCCCUGGCCAAAUUUAUUACGAAUCUUUAUGUUUCAAGGCCGUAAACCAAUCUAUUGGAAGAGCGAUUCGGCACAGCAAAGAUUAUGCUGUUCUGAUUUUGGCUGAUCACCGGUAUUCCCGCCCAAAUUCUAUAUCAUCACUGCCUGGUUGGAUAAAUAGGCAUCUUAAAGUUUGCGCGAAUUUCGGACCAUCUUUGGCUUCGAUCCGUAAGUUUCUUGCUAUGCGCAAACAAGGAGAGGCUGAUGCCCAUUCAAUUAGCAUACAAGAAAAUGCUUUAUCUGGAGGGAAAACCGAUAGCACAACUUACUCUCAUUCUGAGUCAUCGUCAUAAUCUCGACGAUCAAUUGAUUGAGUAUUGCCACCAUUUAACUGUGAGAAGAGUGCAUCACGGAUUUUUGGUCGGGGAUCCUUUUCAAUUUUUGUUUUGAAAGCUCCGGUUUCAGAAAGCAUCCAUUCUAGUUCUGCUCAAAAUAAAAUAAAGCAUUGUUUUAUUCUUUUCCAUCAACAUUGGAUUGAUGCAAGUUCUUCUGCAGCACACUGUACCAUCUUGUUUGAUUCCUGAGGCAAAGCAACUGGCUCCAAUAAAUUGAUGUUUAAGAUCUC